GAAAAACUCAGCGAGACGCGAGGACAUGAAAACAAACUGAGAGGAGAGUUUUCUAGUGACACACCCCCCCUCUCUCCCCCACCUCUCCACCCGUCUCUCAGCCCUCCAGUCGUCCGUCAGCCUGCAGACUGUUCCUGGACACACAAGAUAUCUCUUAUUAUUAUUGUUGUUGUUAUUGAUAAGUGAGGCCCGUGUUGGAACCUGGAGAGCAGCUAAAAACAUGAACAAUCAAUCUUAGAAAAUAUUUUAAAAGUUUACAUUUGGAACCAAAAACACUGAAACGACCUGAAACUCAAUCAGACUCGAAGAGAUGGGAUUCGGUGAGCUGCUGGAGGAGGUGGGCGGGUUCGGCAGGUACCAGUGGAUCCACGUGACUCUGAUCAGUUUACCUGGUUUGAUGAUGGCGAGUCAGAACCUGAUGAACAACUUCGUCUCAGGAAUCCCCGCCCACCACUGCAGUCUGCCAAUCAAUUACAGCCUCCACAACCUGUCUCACUACCAGGUGGAUGAGAAGCAGCUGCUGAAAGCGUUCAUCCCUCCGGACUCUUCAGGAAAUAGACUGGACCGCUGCCGGAGGUAUGUGGAGCCUCAGUGGCAGCUCUUAGCUGCUAACAGCUCAGCUAACAUUAGCCAGUUACAGACGGAAGGAUGUUUGGACGGAUGGACAUUCGACCGCUCCGAGUUCCUCGCCACCACUGUCUCCGAGUGGGAGCUGGUCUGUUCUCUGCGUCCUCUGAAACAAAUGAUUCAAACCAUCUAUAUGGGCGGAGUUUUAACAGGAGCCAUCAUCUUCGGCGGCCUGUCGGACAGGUUUGGGAGGCGGUCUGUCCUUAUUUGGUCAUACCUGCAGCUGAGCGUGCUCGGUUGUAGCUCUGCCCUCUCUCCUUCCUACUCUGCCUAUUGUAUUUUUAGAUUUCUGAGUGGGAUGGCGGUGUCCGGAAUCAUCCUGAAUGGAGUCUCACUGAAGGUGGAGUGGAUCCCGACCAAAGAGAGGACGUUAGUGGGCACGCUCACCUCCUUCUUCUUCACCUUUGGUCAGAUGAUCCUGGCGGGGCUCGCCUAUUGGCUGAGAGAUUGGAGGAAGCUCCAGCUGGUCGCCUGUGCCCCCCUGUUCCUAUUCUUCACCUACUGCUGGUGGUUCUCAGAGUCAGCUCGUUGGCUGGUUCUGAACCGUCGGUCUGAGGAGGCGUUAAAGUGUCUCCACCGAGUCGCUCGAAUCAACAGAAAGUCAGAGAUAAUUGACAAGUUAACACUGGAGGUGCUGAACUCUCACAUGAAUAAGGAGAUCGAGUCGAGCCGUUCAACGUUCACGGCAUACGACCUGCUGAGGACCAGAGUGAUGAGACGGAUCUCCAUCUGUCUGAUGGCCGUAUGGUUCUCCACCAGUUUUGCGUACUACGGUUUGGCAAUGGACCUGCAGAAGUUUGGGGUGAGUAUUUACCUGAUGCAGAUCAUCUUUGGAGCCGUUGAUUUUCCCGCCAAACUGUUGGCUGUGGGCAUGCUCAGUUACCUGGGGAGGAGGGUCUCCCAGGCGACCUGUCUCUUCCUGUCGGCUAUCAUCAUCUUCGCCAACAUCUUCGUCCCCACAGACAUGCAGACCCUCAGGACCACGUUGGCGUGUCUUGGUAAAGGUUUCACCUCGGCCUCCUUCACCACCGUCUACCUGUACACCGGAGAACUCUACCCCACCGUCAUCAGGUGAGGCUGCUGGUUCCAGGAACAGGAGACGUUAACGUUUACUCAUUUGAUCCAAAGCGACCU